AUGCAAUUUUCAACCCUCGCCGCCGUCUGCCUCUUUUCUACGGCCGCCCUUGCCCAAGAAGUGUUGUGCAAUAUUUCAAUCAAGCACAACGGGGUAUUCUAUGCAGUUGAACAAGUAAGGGCUGGUAUGUACAGGGACUUUUUCAAUAAGAAAGAUAAAAGCGUAAAGGUGGCUACAUGCAAAAACGACUCCUUACAUUAUUGCGGCCGUAUGUCGUGCAAGUUUCUAGCACCGGGCUUUUCGGAGGGGGAGAGUACCAGCCCUGCCCGCAGUGGUGCUGUGGCUAGCCUUGGCCGGGACCCUUCUGGUUCUUAUUACUAA